AUGGGGCGCCACAAUAAGCGAAAGCGUGAGGAUGAGGAUUCCGAUCCGGUCGCUGAUACUAAUGGAAAUGGGUUCGGUGUUGCAGAUACCCUGUCUCGCUUGAGUCGUCCCUCACUCCCACCCUCUGAUCAGACUUCCCAAAACACAUCUCAGAGCCCCAAGGAUGGACAGCAGCCGAGUUCCAAGAGAAAGCGUGUGGACGGAGAAAAGACCAAAUACCCAGACCUCACAUAUGUGGAGGGCACACUUCAGUCUUCGAUCAGAAUUUCUGACUUGCAGGGCCUACUGCUCUAUUGCUUCGCGGACGGGAUCGCGCCACAGUGGAUCUCAAUCAAGCACUCGGGACACAUGCGAAAAGUCGUCGUUCUGAUGGUCCCUGGAAUUGAGAUCGGCAUGUUUGACGGCACACUACCAUUGGGGCCUCAAGAAGCCAAGGAAGCCGACACCGAGAAGGAGGCCAAGCAACCCGAAGCGACAGACGGAACGGCCGAGGACGAAAAGGCCUCCGACUUCGAGCGAUGGAAGCAGGGUCUCCCUCCUGCCGUCCGUUCCUCCACCUUCAAUCCUCGACCCCUCAAUCCAGAGACCCUGCCUGAGCCCCUCCGUCCACUGGGCGACAUGUUCCCGCACGUCUGGCCCGUGAAGGCCCCCGGCGAUACCAAGUACAAUAAGGUGCAUUCACCUCUUCAGGCCAUUCUAUUGUCAUCGCUUCCAAAGUCAAAGGAGAGCGGCGGCGGAAAGGGUGCGCGUCCAGCUAGAGUCGAUAAGGGCUUUACGCCGAAGCGGACACCGAUUACAACAUUCCUAAGCACUGCCGAGGACCUGCGCGAGAACGAGUACACUUUACAUCCCGCAUUCUUCACUUCAGAUGAGGAGAAAGCGUCUCAAUUGGCAAUUCGUCGUCAAGCGGAGCAGUCUACUGAACAUGGCUGGGUGGAUACUGAUGUGCCCACUUUGGAGGCUGGCGACGUGCCUGACACCGAGGUUGAGCAGGGCAGCAUGACCGCAGGCCGGACCGUUCUGUCUCUCGACUGUGAGAUGUGUCUGACCGAAGGUGGUCUGUCGGAACUCACUCGGAUCAGUAUGGUCGGAUGGGAUGGAGAGGUAGUCCUCGAUGAGCUGGUCAAGCCUGCUAAACCGAUUAUCGACUACCUGACUCGCUACUCUGGCAUCACGGAGGAGAUGCUGGCUCCGGUCACCACCACACUGGCCGACAUUCAAAAACGCCUUCUGACUAUCUUGACUCCUCACACUAUCCUUGUGGGACACUCCCUCAACUCCGAUCUCACAGCGCUCAAAAUCACACACCCAUUCAUCGUCGACACCGCCCACAUCUACCCCCACCCUCGUGGUCCGCCAUUGAAGUGCAGUCUCAAGUGGCUCACUCAGAAGUAUUUGAACAAGGAGAUUCAAAAGGGAACCACUGGCCAUGACUCUGUCGAAGAUGCGCGGGCCGUUCUUGAACUCGUCAAAUUGAAGUGUGAAAAGGGCGAGCUCUGGGGUACCAGCGACGCCUCGAACGAGAGCAUCUUCCGCCGUCUCGGUCGAUCCACCAAGAAUGGGAAGACCACCGCCCCCGGUGAGGGACGGACGGGUGCCGUCGUGGACUGGGGAAAUCCCGAGCGCGGAUUCGGUUCGCAGGCUACCGUUUCAAUUGGCUGUCGCGAUGACGAUGACGUGGUCAAGGGAAUUGAAGCUGUUGUCAAGGGUGACGAAUCCAACACAGCAAUUCCAGGCGGCGGUGUCGAUUUCACCUGGGCACGUCUCCGCAACCUCGAAAUGACCCGAGGAUGGUGUACCCGCAUGCCUGACGCGAACAACGGCAAUGAGUCCACUGCGGUCACCUCUCUUCCCGAAGAAACCACGCCGACAACCGGUACCUCUACAUCUACCACGUACAACAAGAGCCUCGCUGAGACUGUCAGCCGCACUGUCUCAGAUAUCUCUCGUAUCUACGAGUCCCUGCCGCCCUGCACGCUCUUCGUUGUGUACUCUGGAACCGGCGACCCACGCGAGGUCAGCCGGCUGCAGGCUAUGCAUCGCAAGUACCGUGAGGAAUUCAACAAGCGUGUACCAUGGGAUGAUUUGAGUGUGAAGUGGACGGAUACUGAAGAGCAGGCACUGAAGAACGCCUGUCAGCGAGCCCGCGAGGGAUGCGGCUUCAUGGUUGUCAAAUAA